AUGCCGUGUCCAAAAGCGUUGGAGCAUUAUUAUCUGCAACUGAAGGACAAUUUUCUCGAUCAAUGGGCGAGUCGUCACAGCGUUUCCGAGGAACGUUGCUGGGAAAUGGCUGCAUUAGCGCUGAAAGUGGACAAAGGAGAUAAUCCUGGCGGGUAUUUCCGCGCUGAGCAGUAUUUUCCUAUAUGGGUCAUAGAUCUACGAGGGCUAGAAUAUGUACGAAAAUAUAUGCCUGCAGCUACGGAAGACCUCAAAGAUAUGAGUCGAAAAGACGCUAUGAUAAAAUUUGCCUUUGAAGCUAGUCGGUCACCGUUUGCGUUGAAUUGUCACCUUUACGGUCUGCGACGGCACAAGAUGGAUACGGUAGAUAACGCUGUACUAGGCAUCAGUGCAAAGUAUGUAUUUUCUUCGGAAAGGGGGGAGGGAGGGGGAGGAGAGGUCAUUUUUGAAAAUUCAUGGGAGAAGGCACGGUAGCA